AUGUUUUCAAUUGCUAACGACGCGCCUGGGCCAUCGGAUGGUGGAACAGGCUUCAAGGGGAAGCAAAUGAAGCUGUUGGAGACCAAGCAGGUGUCUCAGAAGACGGUUGAUCAGGCUAUCCUCCGCUUCAUCGUUCAAGGUCCCCAGCCCUUCUCCCUGGUUGAGAAACCAUCCUUUCAAGACCUUAUUGUAGAAUUGCAACCGAGAAGUGCUGUCAUGUCCCGCACAACUGUGCGGCGUAAGAUUGAUUCAGCUACAUCUAAAAUGAAAGAAAGUCUCAAGAACGUAAUGAAAGAGCAGGACGAAAAUAACAAUGAAGAGUUAGUUGCAGAAGGCACAAUCGAAGAAGUAGGAGAAGAUUGUGAUGCAUCUGAUGGUGAAGAGGAGGUGGAACUCAUUGAUGUGGAAGCCAUUCUGGAGGAAGAUGAUGGGCUUCAGUAUCAGCUGCCGAAACAUCAUCGGUACAGUCCGGCUGACAUAGCCUUUUUAGGGGAAUAUGUCACCACCAUGAGUCCAGUUGCGAAGUCCUUGAACAAACUACAAGGUGAAGUCAACAUUCAGAUGGGCUGGCUGCUCCCGACAAUCACCACCCUCACAACCAAGCUUGAAAAGUCCAGACCCUCACUCAGAUUUUGCAAGCCACUUGUUGAUGCUCUUCUUGAAGGUUUGAGGAAGCGGUUUGAGAGCAUGAUGUCAGAGCCAGAGCUAAUUGCAGCAGCCAUACUUGUUCCAAGGUUCAAAACCUCCUGGACCAGCAAUGACACAGUCCUACAGCUUGGCCUUAGUUACAUCAAGACACAUCUGCCAGAACAUGAUGAAGGUCUUCGGUCUCCUGAUACCACAGCAUCCUCUUCUGAAGAUGAUGACUUCUUCUCCAAUGUCAAGCCUACACUUUCCAAUGAGAUAAGUCAGCAACUUGAUGGAUACCUAGCCGCUACAGCUGAUGGAGUGAAUACAGUGGCCCCCUAUCCAGCUGUGCGUAACCUCUCACUAAAGCUCAACACAGCCCUGCCAGCUUCAGCAGCGUGUGAAAGGCUUUUUAGCAUUGCCGGUUUGCUUUUCACCCCAAGAAGGGGAUCAAUUCAUUCACAGAAUUUUGAGAACCAACUUCUCCUCAAGUUGAACAAGGAGUUCAUAAAAUUUGAUUGA